GUCCAUGUUUAUGUAUGGCAGCUGCCAUACAUAUAAAUAUUUGGCUGGGGGGUGGGUCCAUAGGAGAAUAAAAUUAAUAGGAAUGGGAUCCCAAAUUAUUAAGUAGUAUUGUCCAUUGAGAGUAUUUGGUAUUAAAGCAAUGUUUAAUGUUUUGGUUGAACCGUAAACAAGAAAUAGUUUAUAUAAUAAUUAAUAAUACAAUCAUUAUAGUAAACUAGUACAGUAACAACAAGAACAGUAACAACGAAUAGCAUUAUGCCAUUAUCAACUAUUAUUUAUACAUUUAAGAAUUAAGUAUAUUUAUACUAUGAACAUAAAUAAUAAAUAUAUAGUAACCAAUAUUUUGGACAGAACAAAAAUAAAAAUAGAAACCAACAACCAAUAUAGACCCACGCCCACUGGCGACCACCCACCUCACUACCAUAGUAUAUUAUGUUAUCAACAAUGCAACAUAGACCAAAGUAUCCAUUAAUAGCUUAAAGCUAUAGAUUCCCAUAGAGUACAAUAUAACACUGUGCGUUUGUACGACUGUACCUUCUGUUUAGUAUAAUAAGCCAGCUAUUAUUCAAAUAAACUGUGAUAUUAUAUUAUAGUUUAAUUGGUUUUAUGCUUCAACUUUUAAGAAUUUUAAGUUUUAACCACUUUUAUUUUAAGUUUAUAUUGUCUAAGAAUAUUAAGUACAAAACAAUCUCAUAAAGUAAUUUAUUUUAUACCAAAAAUAUGAGUUCUCUUUGUAAAUGUGAUUGCGGGAAAUUAAGUUCGUCAAUGAACGAUGUAAAUUGGAGUAGACACAUUAAUUCGUGUAAAGUACGAAAAUCCAAAAGGAACUCGCAUGAUAUAAAAUCAUUUUUUACUGGAAACAAGAACAAAAAAAGCAAAUUGAUUCACCAAAUGACUGAUGCAAAAAAUGCUCUUGUUUAUGUGAACAAUGAUUUAAAUGAAGAACAAAGUACGCCAGUUAAUAAAGAAUCUUUGGUUGAAUGUGAAUUUCAAAUAGAUACUGAGAUAAACUCAUGUUUGCAAAAUAAAGCUGUUUUUGAUGUGAACGAUGGUUUAAAUGAAGACCAAAGUAAACCAGUUAAUAAUGAAUCUUUGGUUGAAUGUGAAUUUCAAAAGGAUACUGAAAUAAACUCAUGUUUGCAAAAUAAAGGUAUCCAUAUUAUACAACUUUUUUAAGUAUUUAUGUCGUUUUAAAUAUUUAAUUGUGUCUAGCCGUCUAGGUACCUACCUAUAUUAACUCAUAACCUUUUGAUGAUUAUUGAUUAGUAUCCUCGUUGGAUAUACAACUAGAACUAGUUUUAAUUGAACACAUAUUUUCAGGUGUUUUUGAUGGGAACAAUGAUUUAAUUGUAGACCAAAGUAUACCAUUUAAUAAUGAAUCUUUGGUUGAUUGUGAAUUUUUAAAAGACACUGAGAUAAACUCAUGUUUGCAAAAUAAA